UCAUAUUUUCAAUUAUUGAUCGGUAAGGUUAAGUGGUCGCCAUUUUGGCGUCUGGUUCCGCAGCAGACGUCAAACAGAUGUGUGUUUCUUGAAAAAUAAUAAGUCCCCCCAACGUCUUUCAAUUUUUAAACAUAAUGAGAAUGUUUCAUAAAGGAUCGGGAAUGCCUCCUGUGGCUCCAAUUGAAAAUCUGUUAUAUCGUUUGCGGAGAGCCGAUAAUGAACCGAAAGCGGAACAUUUUUAUUCACCAACACCUGAAACAAACCAAGCUAAAAAAGAAAAUAAUGAAGUUACCACUCAAAAUAUUACAGUCACGACAACAGAAGAAAACAUUAGCGUGAAAAUAAUGAAUGAAUUAUCAGAAAAAACACACAUACCAGUAUGGGGCAUUAUUAUGAUAUUAAUUGCUGUAGGAUUUUUAGUAUUGUGCAUAUGCUUUUGUUGUAUAAAACGAUGGUGCCGACGAAGGAAAAAAGAUACAAAGAAAGGUUUAAAAGGUGCAGUCGAUUUAAAAAGUGUUCAGCUGCUUGGAAAUGCGUACAAGGAAAAGAUUCAACCAGAUAUGGAAGAACUCCAAGACAAUAUGGAAGGUAAUGAAGGAGAUCAAGAGAGCGCAAAAUCUGAAGUUAAACUGGGACGUUUACAGUACAAAUUGGAUUAUGAUUUCAACAUAAAUAAUUUAGCUGUAACUGUGAUCCAAGCCGAGGAUCUUCCAGGUAUGGAUAUGUCUGGAACUUCAGAUCCAUAUGUUAAAGUAUAUUUAUUACCAGACAAAAAAAAGAAGUAUGAAACAAAAGUACACCGCAAAACUCUUAAUCCAGUUUUCAAUGAAACGUUUAAUUUUAAGAAUGUUCCUUAUUCAGAAAUUACCACGAAAACUCUUGUGUUUGCCAUCUUUGAUUUUGAUCGCUUCUCGAAACACGAUCAAAUAGGAGAAGUAAAAUUACCAUUGAAUACUGUAGACUUAGCGCAAACGAUUGAGGAAUGGCGAGAUCUGACAAGUGUGGAAGGAGAACAAGGACAGGAAAACAAGCUUGGAGAUAUAUGCUUUUCUUUGCGGUACGUGCCAACAGCUGGAAAGCUAACUGUUGUUAUAUUAGAAGCAAAAAAUUUGAAAAAGAUGGACGUUGGGGGACUUUCAGAUCCAUAUGUUAAAAUUGCUCUGAUGAUGAACGGAAAAAGGGUUAAGAAAAAGAAAACAAGUAUCAAGAAAUGCACACUAAAUCCUUACUAUAAUGAAUCGUUCACAUUUGAAGUACCAUUCGAGCAAAUACAGAAAGUACAUCUCGUAGUUACAGUGGUUGACUACGACCGAAUUGGUACAUCUGAACCUAUCGGAAAAGUUGUUUUGGGUUGCAAUGCUGCGGGAACAGAAUUACGCCAUUGGAUGGACAUGCUGGCAUCACCCAGACGGCCGAUUGCUCAGUGGCAUUCUCUCAAAGAUCCCACUGACGGUAACGAUAAUUAAAACUAGUUAAAACAAAAAGUACAUAGAAUGAUCUAUUGAAAUCAUUAUUGUAAAAAAGGAAAACUAAAAGUGUUAUAUAAAAAAAGAAUUGUACGUCUACACAAGUGGUGUCAACAAAUCCAAAAAUUAUUUAAAUAUGUGUAUUACGUGUGAAUGUGCAUGUGUGCAUGUUUAUUGUUGUUAUUGACACUAAGGCCCAGCAAGUCCACUUUUAUAGUGUUCUAUAUAUAUACAUAUCAAGCUUUGUUGUAGAUUGAAUGAAUGGUGCUGUCUUAGUAAUUAUAAUAAUUGUUUAUUUAUGAAAGAAAACAAAAACAUAUUAACUGAAGUGUGUUCACAUAACUUUGUAAUAAUUCUAUUUUGCACUGGAUAUGAGUAUUAUUAUUAUUAAUUAUUAUAAUUAUUGAAAUCACUAAAUUCCUAUUAUUAGAUUGUAGUAGUUUUUCGACAAGGAUCAUAAACAGUAUUUUUUUUAAUUUUUAAAUAUAGCCCAGUGAGUUCUGGUAUCUGUCCAGACAGGGCCGGCCUUAUGUCCCGUUGGGUUCUAGACAAGAAAACAAUGAAGGUCUUUUAUAAUGAAAUGUUAAAAAGAGUAUUAUUAUAUUAUAUAUAUAUAUAUAGAUAUAUAUAAUCAAACUGAAAUUUUUAACUUUACUACGCAAAAUGGGUAUUUUGUAACUCAGAUGAAGCCUCCGGAAAUGUAAAAAAUCUCUGGCCUGGGUGGCUAUUUUACUUGUCUUGCCUAAAAGGCCGGCACUGUGUCCAGGAAUCAGUUUAGGAAAGAAAAAUAAUUAAUACAAUUUUACAAACAGGUAUCUUUCUACGAAGUAUUUGUAUGUCAGAAUUAUUAAUUCCUUUUUAUUAUACAGAUUUUUAAGAACAAAAGAUGAUAAAUUCCUUUAUAAAAAGAAAACUUAACAAUAACUUGCCAUCUAUUUUACAAUUUAU